GGCCAGGGCAGCGCCCAUGGGCUGCGGCAACUCCACGGCCGGCGGCGCGGGCGGGCGAGGUGCGACAGGGACUACUAAAGAUGUAGCAGAAGAAUCCAUAUCAGAUGAUGACAAAAGGAGGAACUAUGGUGGGGUGUACGUGGGCCUGCCGUCGGACGCGGCUGCCAUGGCUCCCAGCCAGACAAAAGCUGCACCCAAAGAUUAGAAGGAAAUAAGGACAUCAAGAUGCAAACAGCCCGAGUCUACUAAGACCAGUUGCCAGUGCUUUGGAGAGAGCUGUCUUUGUGCUGAAGAUUUUGAUAUUUACACAGCCUUCCGGAGGGCAAGAGAGAUCAGAGCACCAAAAAAAUCCAAACUGUUGCAAGUUCCAACUACGGGUAAAGCUUAAAGUACAGCAUUGAAUCAGUUUCCUAUGACAGUCAUAUUAUGGAAACCUCCUGCUGUUCUCCAGUGAAAGAUGAAACUAGUGAACUCAUGGUGGAUUUUUCUGCACAAGAGCUAACUUUGAUGAUCUGCAACUUAUUUCCUUGUGGCCAUAUUGCAGAUUCCAUCAGCUAUCAGCUACGCUUCAUAUAUUUUCUCCAACAAUUUUUGAUAGCUUUUAUAUAGAAAAUCAUCACUACUGUCCACUCAAUAGUUUCUAUGAAAUCUGCUACUUGGGUUAUCAACGAUUUCAGGCUUCCAGCUCCUGAAGACAUACAUGCAUCUCAUUCUUGACCGUCGACCUCAAACCAAGAUGAAAUAAGCUUGAAGAUUAAGAUGUGGUGUUAAAAUAUCUCUCAGUAUGAAUGAAAGUCUGUAGAUUAUAUCUGCAGAGUCUUGUUCUUGCAAGCCAGGCUGGUGAGGACUCAAGUAGCACUGGGUGAUAAUCAUGCAGGCUUUUCUCCUGCCUGCUGACCAUAGCAUGAGGGUAUAGUUUCCACUUCACAUGUUCCACAAAUGGCCGAAAUGGUUUGCAUAGCACAAGUUUAUUUAGUACAAAGCAAUUAGGCCCAUGCCUGACCUGAUCACAAUUGUCUUUCCCAAAGCAGAAAAAGCGCCAGUCGUCCUAGGAUACAUCAGCGUUCAGCUUGUGCUCGAAAAGCCAACAGCAGACGCCAGUAAUCAACCCGGUUGUUUACCCACCUCUCUCCUUCAGUUGCUGGGAGGAAUCACCAAAGAGGUGGACAGGGCUAAACUUGACCAUCACUUGUUCUGCCAUUGACAUCUGAAGCCCCGUGUGUGGGCGGAGGGAGCAAGGAGGUGAUUGCUGAUGAACAGCUCCUCGCAGCUGGCGGUGGGACGGUUGCAAAGGGUGCUUUCCUUGGUUUACAUCAUUGCUUGUUUUUCCUGUGCAGAGCUACAGAGAGGCUUGGAGCACUUUGCAGAAUUGAUCUUUUAAUGUUUCAUCCUCCGAAUGUGUGGGAGGUACAGUAGUUUCUUAAUAUUUUUGUUCCUCUGCAUUGUUUGAUCUCAAAAGUUUACUGCCCAACUGACAAAUGUGCAGCAUCACAGACUGGAAGCUCUAAAACAGACAUACAUUCAUCUAUGCUAUGCGGGCCUGUACCCAUCAAACUAAAAAGUUAGGGCCAUGCCCUCAUCCUCAAUUUGCAGACUCCUGUCUUUUGUUUUCCCAAGGAUCCAUGAACCUAGAAACUGUGUGACAGGGCACUGCAUUCUGUCCUGGCCAAAUUCCACUUAGGGAACUGAUUUUCUGCUCAUGAAAAUUCCUCUGUGAUGAGCAGCCUUUGUUAAUAAAAGCACAUGUCAUUUCAUGGAGAAAUGAGUGUAUCUGCUCUUUCAAAACUUACAAUCUAUGGAUAUUUCUGUUAGGAGGAGAAACAGAAAAGAAACUCUAUAUGCCAGCUGCCAGCUGUGCAUGUGACGGCAUCCUUGGAGGAUAUUUAGGCACUCAAAUGAUGGUUCAACGGGAGAACUGAGAACAGAACACAAGGAGCCAUUGAAUGACAGAGUUAUUAUUAAGGAAUAUACUUUGGUUUUGUAGAAACAUCUUGAAUUUCCAUUUGUGAAAAAUAAACAUUUAAAUGUUGGGGCUGUAAUACCAUUUUCCUUGCAGUGGUUACUGUUUCUCCAGCCAGAGCUGAGGAGCCAGUGAAAAUAAUUCAGCAAAGAGUGGAUUUGGGAUUUAUAAUCUCAAAUUCUCUGAUCUGAGAUUCUUAGGCAGCCCAGAAAUAUUAUGCUUGAAUUCACAAAUCUUGACAAAUUCUGGAGUAGGAAAGCAUAAGAUUGAAACUACAAUUUGUGACCAGCUUAAAAACACUCAAAAUAUCUUGUAUUGCAAAUUUUGGUCUCAUACAAACUCUUUAACCUCAAAGACAGCUUCUCAUUUGAAUUAUGCUAAUGAGACAGUGUGUUUAUUUUGAUUUCUUCUUAAUGCAGGACCUGAAGAUUUGUUGUAAGGGCCCAACUUCUCAGUUUCUGGGUAGCCCAGACAGAAAUACCCCCUGUCUUCUAUAUGCCAUACACAUCCUAGUGUAGUUCAGGUGAUGUGACAACUCUAAACCUCUGUGUUGUUCAAGGGUUAAAUCUUGUCACUUAAGUGAGUUGUAGAAGACCGGGUAAAAACCAUUGUAAGCUCAGUUAGAACUUCAUUCACUAGAAACCAAAUCCUUUCCUAGCAGAGUCCACACAAGGCUGGAGCUGCAGAAAAUCAUAAAGGUGAAAUUUGUCUCUAAUGAACACCAAGUACUAAUUAACUUGUUUUCAUCCUGCAUGUCUG